AACAACAAUUUAGCAGCUACCAGAAGACACAUUGAGUUAAAAACUCCUUCCAAAUAGCUGGAAUGAAUAACCUUGGAAAUACUUGGUAGGUGUCAGUAUUGUAUUGGGCAUAAUCAUUUAUCAAACUGCAGCAGGCUGCGUCUUCCUUGUUAGACAAUUCGUAAUUUGAAUCAUUGAGUUGAGCAGAAUAAGGGCUAAUCCACCGGUCGCAUUGUUCAUAGUUGAAGGAUUAAGCCGUUUCAUUUUAAAGAGAAUGAUGAAUAAUUUUGACAUGGAGGCAGGGCUCACUUCAAUGUAAACUACUGUUUAAUCGCUUUGCAAAGUAUCUCUGUAUUGACUGACAAAUGCAUGGAAUGUUUCAUGGAAACAUCGACUGAGGCAAGCAUGUCCUGUUGUGUGUACACGAUUGUGUUUGGAUGGAUUCAUAGCUCGCAUGUGUUGCUUCAUUUACAACGCACGUGAAUGAAAUUAAUGCAAUUAUCUUUCUAUUGUAUUGCUAAAUUGGCAAUUAGAUGCUACGCCACGUAUCGGACAUCGAACGUUGUCAACUUGGCCAUAUACACGGAACCUGAAUACCUCAUUUAUGAACUGACAGUGUGGUUGGAAACCUACCUUUAUGCUCUCGACUGUGCAGAAUUUUUCAAAUAUUCCGUUUUCAAAUUGCUCACAAGCUGGUUUGCUGGUAUCAUAUUGUAUUUAUUGUUUAGAUUUUACAUUGCAUGUUUGGGAGUGAUUUCGUGGUAUGUUUUGAUGGACCUCGAUACAGCUUUAUGUUUUUCUAAAAUUAAUUUGUUGACUUUACGGUAAAAGUUUUUCGAAAGCUUCGAAUGCAUUUUCAGCAAGCAAGAUGACACACGUGCAAUUCUUUUGAGGAAAGAAAGUUUAUACUGACCAACGUAAACCGUUCCUUUCAAAAUAAUUUGCUGGAGAAGUAAGUUUAUGAAAUGGAGCCUUCAGGUGAAGAGGAAAGGUUUUCGGACAUGCCUGACUGUGGUACAAUGGAAAACGUCUCCGAGUGGGUUAGAAGGUCCGUCCUGUUUUGGUAUACACCGGACAGCAUUUCAAUAGACGAUGGUCAGGACAGAAAAGAGCGGGAAUCCAGUCGCUCACCAAGUUCUAUAUGUGAUCAGGAAAAAGACUUGAAAUCUUCAAUUGAAACUGCAUCUGACAAGGUAGGGCUUAAACCUUCCAGUUGGGAAAUCUUUCAUGAGUCAUCAGCGGAACCCGCAAAUUUUUUUACUACAGAUAAAGAAGAAAGCACUGGAGAUAUGAUGCUUGACGUAGAGAGCAUACAAAAACUCUUAAUUGAGCCCUUUAUAAUGGAACAAGGAGUUGAUAAUAAAACAGAAUCAUGCGAUAGUUUGAGCAACGAUUCACCAUAUUACACUCUGAGCUUCCCAAAAUAUACAAAGCAUAUCUACUCGCCUUUGUACGAAGAGCACUCUGGAUUAACGAAAGAAAAUUGUAAUCCGGUAUUGGCGCAUAGACCUGACUGGAAUAUAGCGGACACAUUGAACAGAAUUGGUUAUACGUGGGGUCAAGUUGAGUCAAGCAGUCUGGAUGGUGAGAAAUGCCAGAAAGCAAACGGAGAAUGCGCCAAUGAGUAUGGCAAAAACAUUAGCGAAGACAUGGAAACUAAACGGGCAAGUGUCGAUUCAGACGUUCUACGCGCUAUAAAACGGGUUCAAGAAACUUUAGGUGAGAUAGCUGAAGAACUUCACACAACCCGUACACGGAAAAAUAGCAAAGACAGGGACCCAAACGUGAUUCUCGUUAAUUUGCUUUCGCGUAUACAACCACCAGCCAACAGGGACUCUUUUACAUGCAGCCCGACAAAUGACGCGCCUGAGACAAGCCAAAAGGAUAAAAUGAUGGCUGAAGAUAUCGGCGAAGGAUCAGCAGUAUCUCCUGGCCAGAUAGAGCCAAUGACUGCGGCUUUAGACAAGAAUGAAGGUGAUGAAGAAGACUUUGAUGUGUUAAAAGACCUCUCAGAUUCUGGGAAAACAACGGAAGAAGUUUUACAAGAAUUAAUGGAAAAGAUAUCAACAAUGUCAAAGCCUUCAUCUGCUCUUAGGGGUUUUUUGAAACGCAUUUCUGAGGAGGUGACAAGCGAUAACAGUAUAGAGCAGAGCCUUAACCAAAGUUUUCCUGCAGAUAAUGACGAAAACGAGGGCGAAAGCAAUAACAACACAGUUGUGGAUCCCAAGAAAGUCGGUCUAAACGAUGCAUGCAAGAUAGUUGUAGAACACGAAAGCGAUACUGAAUGCAACAUCCACCAAAGUGAAGUGAUCGCUAAAGAUGGAGAUAAUGGCCAGACUGAAAGGAGAAUAAGCUCAAUUUCAGCUGUCAGCUCACUUCCUACGUCCCCUAGUGCCACUAACUACGACUCAGGAUUCAGUGAGUUGACGAAAAAUCUUACAUACACGAGAAAAGAAAAUCUUGCCUCAUUUACGUCAGACGACACGAGAAAGGAGAACAUGGAACGGAGGUUCAAAGAAGCCUUUGCUAAAUGUAGUACUGGAUUCGAUAGCGAAACAAGCACUGACUGGAGCCCAUGUUCUACCUUAUCCCAUACUGAAAAAGCAUUCCCUCCUAAGUCAGCCCUUAAACAGUCACCCUUUCAAAGAGUUAGCCCAAGGCGACGUAGCACGGGCGCAACUACUUCAAAACCUCAAUCUAGAAUGCAACCAGGCAACACGCACAGUUGCCCAAACUUCGAUAGAAGUAACCUCAAUCCACUACAAGAUUCUUACAAUCGAUACACGAGAUCUGAGGUUGAAGCGAUUCGCAAAUUUUUGUCACUGACAAGUCUAUACUUUGGGUCAAACGGCAAUGCUAAGGACGUGCCAAAUGCAACCUAUGACGAGCUCAUUAAAAGAGGCGAUAUUGAAAUCAUUCACACAAUAAUACAGCGGCAAAGAGAUGACCUUGAGCGGCAGAGAAGAAAACAAGACGAUCUGUAUGCGCAUCUCGGAGACCUCUUGUUGCAGCUAGUGAGUCUUAAGGAGGAGCACCUCUCAUCAACUCAAAAACAAACAAAAGCUUUAGUUCUUUUAAAAAAGCAGCUAGAUAUUCAGAAAAAGGAGCAAUCGCGAGCACAGGAGACGAUCAAAGAGCAACUCAAGACUCUGGGGGAGCAGUUCUCAUCCAGCUUGACUCUAGAUCUUCCUCCGCAGGGGCACCUCUCGCAGAAAGACAGACAAACACCAAUUCCACGCUCUCCAACAAAUAAACACACGGGACAAAUAAUAUGGAAAAUCACUGGGAUAACAAGAAAGGUCACGAGAAUACACGCUGGAGCUUCAGAUAAUGUCUCUGUCAGCGAACCGUUUUACAGUAGCUCGUAUGGCUAUAAAAUGGCUGCCUGGGUGUACCUAAAUGGAAGAGCUGACUUUCGAGGUAAAGGUAUCUCAGUUUACGUUUGCCCUCUUUGCGGUGAAUACGACGCCAUCUUGCCGUGGCCAGUAAAGCCAGUUUAUACCUUCACUUUGAUUGAUCAGAACCCAGAUCCCGAAUUGCGUCGCAACCAUACCAAAGUUAGGAACGUUGUCGAAAUAUCGAAGAAAGGCGAUACAGCACUGUCAAACAAAGGAGGCAUUCCAAGGCCACAGCAUGGAAGAAAGUCAUUUAUAAUUGGUUUCGACGAUUUCAUUUCUCAGGCUGAACUCGCUAGUAGUAAAUACAUUUUAGAUGAUACGAUGUUCCUCAAGGUUGAGGCUCAAAUAAUUAACUGAUAAGUUGUUGAAUUCUGAAAUGUUUCAAGGGAACGCUUAGUGCUGGUUGGGAAAUAAUGUCCGUUUGUGUCUUGAAGUCGUUUGGGUUACUGCUACGCAGAAAUCUUUUGUAAAGUUAAUAGAAUUAGUUAUGAACGGUAAAAAUGUUAAUGUACCUCAAAAAAUGUUGUCAUACUUGUCUUGGAGGAGGCGCCUGGAGCAGGAUAGAGGCACGUCUCCCGUUGCCUAUACGUUGCCUCGAAUGCUAUUUGAGAGUUGAAAAAUUUCAGUAUUGUUUUGACCUAAUUCAUGUCUAAUUUUACUGAUAAAAUGAUAAUUGCAUAAUUCAGACUAUUUGCCCACCCGAAAUCAUUGUUCUUUCUGUGUCCCAUUGUUGCAAUCAGUGAGCCGAGGGGUAGCGCAUAAAAAUCACGUAUCAGGGUUUCGUCUUUUGCUAAGUUGGCUGAUAUUUAUGUAAAUACUUCAAGACAUGGUCUGGAAUGAAAUUACUGUAAUUUUUGUAAUAUUGUUGUAGCUUAAAUGAAUCUGUAAUUUUUAAAUCUUUGUUUCGCCAUUACAUGACAAAGAAUCUUUUGUGACUAAAUUCCAUGGCGUCAUACUUUCUUGCAAUAGUGUCAUACUGAUAAAAUUUAAAGACGAUAUUCCAGGGAAAAGGAAAGAGAGUACUAAAGAAUAAAAUCCAACUUUUGCAAUUUACCAGUGGAAAAUAAGAAAAGUUGGUCAAUGUACGACAAAAGUUUUGAGUUUUGUUUGCCAAGGCUUAAACAUUGCAUUGACAGUUUAAAAUGAGUAGCAUAUUACAGUGUCUUUAUCAAAAGUAAAUGUCUUUAUCAAAAGCACAUCUCUAUUUGAAAUUUCAAAAAUUCAUGAAAACGCAGUGGAAAUAAAAAGUUUCCGUUAAAAAAUGAGAGAAAAUGAAUACCUCUGCCACCCGAACUGGCUAUACAUCUUGUUGCAUAAAGUAA